AUGGGUCAUAACCCAUUGGGCCCAGAAGACCAUUUCCAUGAAGCUCAGGACAUGGAGAUGGAUGACGAUCCGGAUCCUGCUGAACCACCAUCUGGGACACCUACUCACCCCAUUGAGAUUUCGGAUGGGUCGUCUUUUCAUGGAUCACCUUAUCGUGGUCCAGACAGCUAUGAGGCAAGGUUUGCCCAAUACGAUUGGGUGUUUACUCCCUCCUACAACUCAACACCUCAACAGCAGCAGCAGGAUCCCUCGGAGGAUUCACGUUUUGUAGCGGUCACUCCACCGCCACCGCCUCCAGAGCAGCAGCCGCCCCUGGAGCCACCAAGGCGGAGAAGAUCAAACACACGGAUGUCCGUGCGAGGGGGAUUCCGUUUCAGCACCCCUCAACCUUCCAGUGGCAGUCACUACCCGCCACUAUAUGAAGACCCACAGAUUGGUGGGCCUUCAAACCCCGUUUCUGAGGUGGACUCUACGCCAGUCGCACCACCACCAAUGGGUUAUGAUAACCCGAUUCCUUCAUACGCCGGUACAGUGGCGUAUAACCCUUUUGAGCAGCCAGCCCAUACCAACUACAACUACGCCGAAGUUGACCCAUACCUCAUAGCGGCAAACUAUAAUGCUCUCCAUCCUGAAGGGCCCUAUGGAGCACCCUGGGGGACUGGAUACCCAACCUAUGGGUACCAAUACCCGCCACCUCCUCAACCUCCACAGCAACAGCAACCACAGCCGCCGCAGAUCCAACCACCACAGCAGCAGGAGUUUCUUCAAAGGUUGAGUCAGGUGGAGCGUGAGGUUCGAGAAGAGCGUAGAAGCUACCGAGGAUUUCUUAAGGGUUUACAAGUUUAA